AGGGGCACAGGCAGCCACAACAGCACAAUCAGAAGCUCCUGUCCACCUGGGAAAUGUGGCUCCUGGGAGCAGCAAGCAUUGUCCUCCUGAUCUGUGUGGCUUGCCUGCUCUCCAUCGCGCAAUGGAGAAAAAGGUCUGGAAAGGGGAAGAUGCCUGAGGGACCAGCUCCCCUUCCCAUCGUAGGGAACAUACUGCAGGUGAAACCAAAGGAUUUAGCCAAAACUCUUGAGAAGCUCUCUGAAAAAUACGGGCCGGUCUUCUCAGUGCAACUGGGUUCAACUCCAGUAGUGGUGCUGUCUGGAUAUGAGGUGGUGAAAGAAGCCUUGAUUGAUCGUGCGGAUGAGUUUGCCGCCAGGGGACACAUGCCUAUUGGAGACCGGGCUAACAAAGGAUUAGGCAUUAUUUUCAGCAACAACGAGGGAUGGUUACAAGUUCGGCGGUUUGCUCUCACCACUCUGCGCAACUUUGGGAUGGGGAAGAGGAGCAUAGAAGAGAGGAUCCAGGAGGAAGCUGAGCACUUGCUUGAAGAGAUCACAAAAACAAAUAGAAUGCCCUUCGACCCAACGUACAAGCUGAGCUGCGCUGUCUCCAAUGUCAUAUGUUCCAUUGUCUUUGGGAAACGAUAUGACUAUAAAGACAAAAAGUUCCUGUCCCUGAUGAACAACACGAACAAAAUAUUUGAAUUGAUGAAUUCCCGCUGGGGACAGUUUUACCAAAUGUUCUCCUACAUCCUGGAUUAUUUGCCCGGCCCACACAACAAGAUAUUCAAAGAAAUUGAUGCUUUAAAAGCCUUUGCGGCAGAGGAGAUAAAGCUGCACCAAGUCUCCCUGGAUCCCAGCGCCCCCCAGGAUUUCAUUGACUGUUUCCUCAGCAAAAUGCAGGAGGAAAAAGACAAUCCCAAAUCACACUUCCACAUCACAAACCUGAUAACCUCAACCUUUGACUUGUUCCUUGCUGGAACAGAGACAACAAGCACCACUCUACGAUACGGACUUCUGCUUCUCCUCAAAUAUCCAAAGAUACAAGAGAAAGUUCAAGAAGAGAUUGAUCGGGUAGUAGGACGAUCACGAAGACCUUGCGUGGCUGACCGGACCCAGAUGCCCUACACAGAUGCAGUGGUCCAUGAAAUCCAGCGCUUCAUCACCCUCAUCCCUACAAGUGUCCCUCAUGCUGUCACCAAGGAUGUCCACUUGAGAGACUACAUCAUUCCCAAGGGUACCACCAUCUAUCCCCUCCUCAGUACCGCACUGUAUGACAGCAAGGAGUUUCCAAACCCAACUGAGUUUAAUCCUGGACAUUUCUUGAACCAGAAUGGCACCUUUAGGAAGAGCGAGUUCUUCAUUCCCUUCUCAGUAGGGAAACGAAUUUGCCCUGGAGAGGGCCUGGCACGCAUGGAGAUAUUCUUAGUCUUGACCGCCAUCCUGCAGAACUUCACCGUGAAGCCUGUUGUCAGCCCUGACGAACUCAGCAUCACCCCAACACUGAGUGGGACAGGAAAUGUUCCUCCCUACUACCAGCUCUGUGCUAUCCCCCGCUGAGGGGCACAAAACCUCACUGCUGUGCUCCUCAGCCAGUCUGCUCCUUUACACCUCCCCGACUCAAACCAGUGGCAGGAACUUUGCCCCACCACCUCAAAGCCACCACGAGGACAGCCCACAGACAAAGUCUGUGGUACAUCAAACACAAUGCUUUGAACACAUCCCAGAACGGCUCCUCCUCACACAGCACAGAAGGUGAUGUUGCACCCCACUGCAAUGACACUAUGUCACAUCACAGGCUGCAUGAGCACAGCAGACCCACUGAACAGCUGAUUUGCUCACAGCUGUGACUCUGUGGCUAUCCAUCACCCGCUUCUCUGGCCUUGUGUGUCCCAACAGCAGCAGCAGCAGACUUUGCAGAGGGACCGAGUUGCUAUGCUGUAUGCUUAUGCUAAUGACCCAAUAAAGAACAAUCUGUUCAUGA